AUGGGGGUCUGUUGUAGCAAGGGCACAGGGAUGACUGUUGAGAAUAGCAGGGAUGAUUGUAAUGAACAUGGAGAUGGGGAGUCUGCGGUUAGAGAGACAAAUGAUGGAGCCAUGAUAAGGUCUCGUGGAUCAUCCAGACACGUUUCCAUGGCAAUCAAACAAGGGAAGAAGGGAAUAAAUCAGGACGCCAUGACUGUCUGGGAGAACUUUGGUGGGGAGGAAGACAUGGUUUUUUGCGGUGUAUUUGACGGCCAUGGUCCCAUGGGUCACAAGAUUUCUCGUCACAUAUGUGAAACAUUACCUUCAAGGGUCCAUUCCAAAAUCAUAUCUUCAAAAUCUGGCGGCAGUGAAAACGUAGAGAAUAACCAGGAGGGAGUCUUGGGUGAAUUCGAGGACGUUCUGGUGACAUUCUUCAAGCAAAUAGACAGCGAGCUUGGUCUUGACUCUCCUUAUGAUAGCUUCUGCAGCGGUACAACUGCUGUAACCGUCCUUAAACAGGGUGACUGCUUGGUGAUCGCCAACUUGGGAGAUUCAAGAGCGGUUCUUGGCACCCGAGGAAGCAAGAACAGUAUCAAAGCUGUCCAACUCACGGUUGAUCUGAAGCCCUGUGUCCAACGGGAAGCAGAGAGAAUAGUGUCAUGCAAAGGAAGGGUGUUUGCUAUGGAGGAGGAACCGGAUGUGUAUAGAGUGUGGAUGCCUGAUGAUGAUUGCCCUGGACUCGCCAUGUCUAGGGCUUUUGGUGAUUUCUGCCUCAAAGACUAUGGACUCGUCUGCAUUCCUGAAGUCUUUUGCAGAAAAGUUAGCAGCGAGGACGAGUUUGUGGUUGUAGCCACCGAUGGGAUUUGGGAUGUUUUGUCAAACGAAGAAGUGGUGAAGAUUGUAGGCUCCUGUAAGGACCGUUCAGUGGCAGCAGAGACGUUGGUUCAGCGAGCAGCUAGGACUUGGAGAACAAAGUUUCCAGCCUCUAAAGCGGAUGACUGCGCCGUGGUGGUGCUUUACCUGAACCAUCGGCCAUACUCGAGAGAAGGAAAUGUGAGCCGAGCAAUCUCAUGGAGAUCAAAUAAAGAGCAAUGA